AUGGAAUUAGUUAACCACCUAACCGAUAGACUAUUAUUUGCCAUUCCAAAGAAAGGUAGACUUUAUCAAAAGAGUGUAGAGAUACUGAAUGGUUCUGAUAUUAAAUUUCACAGGUCACAAAGGCUAGAUAUUGCCCUUUCUACAAAUUUACCGGUAGCAUUGAUCUUCUUACCUGCUGCAGAUAUUCCUAUGUUUGUUGGUGAAGGUAAAUGUGAUCUUGGUAUUACUGGUGUCGAUCAAGUUAGAGAAGCUGAUAUUGAUGUGGAUUUACCAAUUGAUUUAAAAUUUGGUUCUUGUAAAUUACAAGUACAAGUCCCAAAUAAUGGUGAAUAUACUAAACCUGAACAAUUAGUAGGUAAAACUAUUGUAUCAACUUUCACUAACUUAACAAAAAAAUAUUUUGCUAAAUUAGAAGGUGUUCCAGAGAGUCAAAUGACUACUAAAGUUAAAUAUGUUGGUGGUUCUGUUGAAGCAUCUUGUGCUCUUGGUGUUGCCGAUGCUAUUGUCGAUUUAGUUGAAAGCGGUGAAACUAUGCGUGCUGCUGGUUUGAUUGAUAUUGCUACUGUAUUGGACACUAGUGCUCAUUUGAUUCAAUCCAAACAUCCUAAAGGUGACGCAGAUUUGAUUGAAACAAUCAAAUCUAGAAUUGAAGGUGUUAUGACCGCACAAAGAUAUGUUUAUUGUACUUAUAAUGCUGCUAAAGUAUCACUACCUACAUUAUUAGCAAUUACACCAGGUAGAAAAGCUCCAACUUUAACAAAUGUUGGUGAUGAUGGUGAAUGGGUUGCUGUUGCGGCUAUGAUUGAAAAGAACAAGAAAGGUGCUAUCAUGGAUGAAUUGAAAAAGAAUGGUGCUACAGAUAUUAUUGUCUUUGACAUUUCAAAUUGUCGUGUUUAA